AUGGGCGAUGAUGGCCAGAUCUUGAUGGCACCGGCAUGUGGAUGUGAUCGGGAGUCAAUCAAUUCGGAUGUGGAUGUGGAUGCGGUGGCCUCCACGGCUGAGGGCUCCCAUUCCCUGCGACUUCUGGUUCUCCUUGGUCUUCUACUGGCCACUCAGGGAGGAGUCUUGGAUCGGGAUAAUACUCUGCCGAUGGCCUCUUUACCUGAAGAAACUAAGACCGCAGAGGUCAAGCAGGAAGUGACCAACGGAAACCAGGAAACUCAAGCUCAAUUGACUAGCUCCUCCAAUCCCCAAGAUCUUCCGGCAAACCCGAUUUCUGAAGCUACUAAACCCGUAGAACUGAAAGUUACCAAUGAAAAUCAGGCAACACAAACUCAGAAGGCCAACUCCAUCAAUGCCCAAGUUGUCCAGGAAAGCCAGGCUCCCUCUGAUGUCAUUAAGCCCAUAGAGGUUGUACCAGAAGUCACCAAAGAAAGUCUAGAAAUCCAACCCAUUUCCAAUGAGAUACCUAAGGAUCAAGAACUGCCCAAAUCAGAUGUGAGCACUCAAAACCUUCCUAAUGUCCAGGAAAGCCAACCCCAGCUGGUGCACGCCAAGGUAGAUCCUUCUGAUGACAUCAAAUCCGUAGAAGUUGCACCAAAAAUCACCAAUAUAAACCAGGAAGUCGAAGUGCAAGAAGUCCAACCCACUUCCAAUGAGAUACCCAAGGAUCAGAGACUGCCUAAAAAAGAAGUAGUCCCUGCUCAAAACCUCCCCAAUACUCAGGGUCGAUCUGUUCAAGACCUGGACAAGAUCUUCAAGUACCCGGAAGUGCAAUUGAUUGACGGAUCUUUAUCCUCUUCCAACCAGUAUCAGAACCUCUACAACAAAUACCAAUCCCAUCCAAAGGUGGAAAUCAUUUCCGUGGUGAACACCACUACAGCGGAUGCCAAUGUGACAGAGCAAAUCCGCAACCAGACCAUCUACUAUUCCAACCAGAAGAAGACCGGAUUUCCCUUUCCCUUCCUGCCCAAUCCCUUCGAGAAACUAGAGCAGCAGCAACCCAUCUAUAUUAAUCUAAAUCAGACUGCCAACUCCACAGGCAAUGUGACCUACCAGACCCAUAUCCACGGGGGGACCAAGCCAUUCCCCUACCUGCCCAAUCCCUUUACGGACUUCCCCAACGUUGUGGGUCUCAGCUUGGUGCUUCUUCCGAAUCCCUUCUACGUAAACAAGUAUCAGAGCCAGAACGUGACUGGAUCGCAGGGUAAUGUGACAUACGAUUACAUUGGAAAGCUCCGAGCCUUUUCGGAGGAAACCCAAAAGGAGCAGAAACAGCGUCAGCAGCAAUCUCAGAAGCCCAAUUUCUACCUGAUCCCCAAUCCUCUGGCCAAUCAGGUUUCCAAAGAUGGUCAAAAGGGCGAUGCCAAUGUCGUGCUGCCCGUGAAUUUAGCUGCUCUGCCUCUUUUGGUUCCCGCUCCGGAAAUGUUCCAAGGCAAGGCUUCUUCGGGCAGUAUCAGCUUCCAGGAUCUGAUCAAGGCCACCAAUGUGCAUGUGAGUCAGCCUCUUAAGCUCCAGGCCAACAACGGUCUUAGCCAAAUUCAGAAGGAGCGGGCUGCCAUCCAGCAGCUGAUCCUCAGCCAUCUCAGCGAGCAGCAGAAACGGUUCGAGAAGCAAUCUUUGGGAAGCGGAAAGAGCUCCCAGUCGGCUGGACCGGUUGGAGUCGUCCAGGAGGAGGAGGAGAGCUCUGUUCUGUUCGCUGUGGAGAUCCCGAAGCCCAUCUACCGAUUCUUCAAGGGCAUCUUUGGGGGUUUCUCCAAAUGAGAAGCAGGACGAAGAUCAACCCGUCGGAAUGAACAAUCAAGAACUAUAGAAGAACUAGGAUAGAGCACACAUUAAUAUUCAUAAAUAUUCAUUAAAUAAAGUAAAUUGCAUACCCACCUUA